CCUGGCGCUGCGCUGGGUCCAGGACAACAUCCGGCACUUCGGCGGCGACCCCGGCAUGGUCACCCUGUACGGCUCGUCGGCGGGGGCGGUGUCGGCCCACGCGCACGUCCUGUCCGCCAACUCCAAAGGCCUGUUCCAGGCCGCCAUCCUCUCCAGCGGCUCGACGCAGGACUUUGGGGCCACGCAGGCCGACGCGGAGCUCACCAGCAGGCAGCUGGCGCACGCCAUGGGCGCCGGCGCCGACACGUGCGGCGACACAAAGAGGCGCAUCCAGUUCCUGCGCGACGCGCCCUUCAAGGACAUCGUGACGGGCAUGAAGCACCUCAUGGCCUCCAGCAAGACCAACCGGAACAUCGUCGAGCGGCCCAUCUGGGCGCCCGUGGUGGAGCCCGCGGACGGCGGCGAGCCCCCCGUGCUGGACCGACACCCCAACGACAUCCUGGUGGCCGGCGACUUCAACACCGAGGUGCCUCUGGUCAUCGGCGUCAACGACAAGGAGGGCUCGUUCAUUGUCGGGAGACUGGCUGAGGACGACACGACGAAGCUUGAAGCCAAUCCGUCACUGCUGCUCUUGCCGAACCUGUACGAUCAGGUGGAUGCCAACACUAGGGAGGAGCUGUCGACCAAGAUCAAGAACUUGUACCUCAAGGACCAGGACAUCGGGAAGGAGGCCCUGGACAGUCUUGCCGACAUUUACGGCGACCAGAGCAUAGUCCACGGCACCCAUGUCGCAACACACUGGCACUUGAAGCACGCCAAAGCACCCAUCUUCCUCUACUACUUCACCCUCGAUGCCUUUGGUGUCGCGUCGUUUUUGUUUGGGACAAAGUCGCUGAAAGGUGCUGGUCAUGGGGAUGACGUAGGGUAUGUGUUUAAAAACCAUCUCGUGAGCGACAUGGGAACAUCAGAUAAAGAGCGUUUCGAUCUAGGAGUGUCCAGGAUGAACAACCUCAUCGCCAACUUCGUCUCCCAAAGAAGUCCGUCUCCCGUCAAAACUGAUGUGCUGCCUACCGAGUGGAUGCCAGCUACUCUGGAACAGCCGCGCUAUCUUGAAAUCGGAGACAACUUAACCAUGAGAGAAGGGAUUAUUUUACCGGAGCGAAUGCAGUUUUGGGACGAAACCAUCCAAGCGAACAUUCACGACCCUGUUUAUGAGCUCAAGUAACUUUUUCUUAACGUAUGGUAACUGGUAACUUGGUAACAUGUAGAUAAAUUGUACUGUUGUGAUAUAAAACAACGUCGUGUAAAUGUAUUUAUAAAUUAACCUA